AUGGACAACCAUAAUUCCUACGUCGCCGAGCCGUCCAAGGCUGGCGUCCUGUUGGACGAUGACGCAGCCCGGUUGGCGGCCAUGGGCCACAAGGAAGAGAUGCCCCGCCAGUUCUCUCGUCUCGCAGCGUUGAGUUUUGCUUUUGGCAUCACCAACUCUUGGGUCGGGCAGUCUGCCACAUUCCCCUAUCCCCUUCUGUGCGGAGGCGGGCCUGGAGUCUUCUUUUCUCUCAUCCUAUCUGGCAUUGCUUGUUGGUUUAUCACUCUUGGUCUUGCCGAGUUGGCCUCGGCCUACCCUACUUCCGGUGGCCAGUAUCACUUUGCCUACUGCGUAGCCAGCAAGAGGAGCCGCGUCCCUAUUGCCUUCGUCACUGGCUGGGUUAGUCUGCUCGCAUGGUGUCUGCUGACUGCUGCCUCGACCAUCUAUGCCGCCCAAAUGAUUGCCGCCCUAGCCACCAUGUACAACCCUUCGUAUGAGUCAACCGCUUGGCAAACUUAUCUCAUUUACAUCCUCAUUAUUAUUGUGGUCACCGCCGUUCUGUGUUUUUUACCGCGGCAAGUCCCUCUCAUUGAAAAAAUUCUAUUCUUCGCUAGUUUACUCGCCUUCAUCGUCUUCUUUAUCUCUGUGCUGGCCAUGAGCAAAGAGAAGACCCCAGCCUCGCAGGUUUUCACCAAGUGGGAAAACCAGAGUGGAUGGCCUGAUGGCUUCUCCUUCAUCCUGGCUACUGGUACAGCCAUGUACUGUUACAUUGGUACAGAUGCUGUGAUUCAUUUGGCCGAGGAAAUCCCCCACCCUGGGAAGAAUAUCCCUCAAGUCAUGAAUAUGACAAUGGGAAUGGGAAUAUUCACGGCUCUCCUAUGGACUGUUGCCUUCCUUUUCAGUGUUCCCGAUUACGCUGCCAUUGGCGGCGCUGCCCUUCCCUUGAACGAAAUUUUGAGCCGAGCUCUCAGUCAUCCAAGCCUCGCAACCUUCUACAUUUGCUGGUUCUUGUUCAUCUAUGUCGGCUGCGCCUUCUCCAACUUGGCAACCGUUGGUCGACUGGCAUGGGCCUUUGCCCGUGACGGUGGAAUGCCUGCUUCAGAGUCCCUCGCCAAAAUCCACCCCGUCUUCCCAAUGCCCGUCAACGCCACUAUCGCCUGCUCCAUCUUUAUCAUUGCCUACGGUGCAAUCUAUUGCGGCUCUACGCAAGCAUUCAAUAGCUUCCUCAAUAGCUCUAUUCUGUUCAUCAACUUGUCUUACGCGAUACCCCAAGGCAUUGCGGUCUGGCGAGGUCGUGAUAAUGUUCUCCCCGAGAGGGAGAUGCGUCUCGGUCGCUUUGGUACCUUUUGCAAUGCGUUCUCUGUGGUCUGGGUUUCUGUCUAUAUAGUCCUCUUCUGCUUCCCUACCACGGCUAAUACCUCGGCCCAAACCAUGAACUACGUUUCUGCGGUCACCGCGGGGUGCUUUCUGAUUAUUGCCGUGGUCUGGUUUAGUGGGAAGAACAAGACAUUCAAGGGACCGAACAUGCCCGAAAGCUUGGUUGCCAAUAUAGAUAUAAUUGAUGGUGUGGAUACAAGGAUUGAGAGGACUAAGAGCGGAGUUAGUUCUGAAGGUAAGAAGGUGUAA